AUGCUGAGUCUUCAUUACGACUGGCUGAGGGAAUCCUCGUUUUCAGCUGCUUCCUCCUCCAAAAACUCCAAGCAACACAAUGUAACCAUCCUGCAGUGGCACUGGCCCUAUGAAAACGUUUUGAAUUUCAGCCAGGACAUCUGCUGGAAACACUUUGGCAUCCCAAACUGCAGGGUCGUGACACAGAGGUCCUUGUUUUCAGAGGCGGACGUGGUGGUGUUCUUUAACCGAGAGCUUAGUAUUAACAAGGAGAAACUGCCCCUAGAGCUUCCCAGACCGCCAGGCCAGAGAUGGGCUUGGAUGACCAUGGAGGCGUCUGUGCGCAACGGAGACCGGAGACGAUUUGCAGGUUUGUUCAACCUCACUGUGCACUUCAGGAGGGACGCAGAUGUUAGCAUACCAUACGGUGGACUUCUACCACAGGAUUCUAAAAAUCCAAUGGAAAACAUCCAAUGGAAUAAAACAGAUCUGGUCUGCUGGGUGGUCAGCAACUACAAAGAGUCCUACAAAAGAAGCCAAGUGUACAAAGAACUCAGCGCUGUCGUCCCCGUGAAGGUCUACGGACGGUGGGCAAAUGUUCCUCUUGCGGCCAAAAACCUUCUUCCCACCCUAUCUCGCUGCUAUUUCUAUUUAGCCUUCGAGAACACCAUCGCCAAAGAUUACAUCUCCGAGAAGCUGUGGAGGAAUUCUUACCAAUCUGGGGCGGUUCCGGUCGUCCUGGGAGCAUCUGUGCAAGAUUACGAGGCUGUGGCGCCGCCUCACUCGUUCAUCCACGUUGACCAGUUUGCGUCGGUGAAAGAGCUUGGCAAGUAUCUGCAGCAGCUGGCGGGCGACGUCAAUCACUAUCGCGAGUAUCUGCAAUGGAGGAGAGAGUGGAAGGUGGAAUUGCACAACAACUUGAAGUGGAGACUGUGUCAGAUCUGUUUGCGGUAUCCCAGCUUCCCUCCGUACAAGGUCUACGAUGACCUGGAGGCCUGGGAUAAUGCUGUGUAG